UAUGUUUGUGUGCUCUCCUCAGACGUGGCCACGGCUUUCACCGAGGCUGUGCUGGAGGUUCAAUCCGCCGUCGGAGAGAACUGUACUCUUGAAUGCACCUCUGCUUAUAAGCCAGGUGUCGAGUACAGAGCAGUGAGGUGGUACAAGGAAGGAGAGCCGCCGUCGUCCGGUCUCCACGGCCUCCUGACCAAAGACCUCCCCAACGGCACGACGCGGUGGUACCUCGGCCUGGAGCGAGCGGUGGAGCUGCUGGGCGAGUCUCGCGACAUCAUCCUGCCCAACGUCGCCUGCGGCGACGCCGGCUUGUACACGUGUCACCUGGCGGCACCCGUGGGCGAACAGAACCGGGAGGGCCAGGUGCUCCUCAGGCUGAGAGAUUGUCCCGCCGACGGUCCCACAGAAAACCGUCUGACGGACACUUACUUGGUUGUUUUCGCCACAAUCGUGCUGAUGCUUGCCCUCGUGAUUUUCCUCAUUAGCUACGGCAAUUUAAAGAAUAUCAUCACAGACAAAAACAGGACACCGAAAAAAGAAACGUUACUGGACGCACCGCUCAAACCGCUCGACAAAAAGGACUUACAGUCGAUUUAUACGUUGGGUCCUAAAGUGUCCAAAACAGCCACGAUGAAGCACAUCUACGUUUAAAGAAUGUUGCCGAAAGAAGACGACCAGACGAACCGUGAAGACGCCACUAAACUGCUUCUCAGCGUGUCCUUAUUUCUACCACAUCUCCAACUUCACUUGUGAUUCAAGAAAAAUUCCAGUUUUGACACCGAUAAUCCCUCCAAUGAGCAACAGAAACCUUUAAUUGGACGAUCACAGACUUCUAAUAAACAAUGACCCCCCCCCUAAUAUUAAAAACCUCUCAAGGACCAACGCCUAGAAAACUCUUCAGAAGCUAAAACAAAAUGUGGACACGGAGCGGGAUCUCCCGGCACCGGACAGAAGCUGCCGUUGGCCCCGGUGGGGGGGCCGCUGUUGCUCAGGAGAUAGACCGGGUGAUGAAAGGACGGUGGUUGGAUUCCCAUCGGGCUCCUCCUGUCCACCUGUGGAAGUGUCCGAUGGGCAAGAGGCUGAACCCGAAGUUGCUCCACCGAUGGUCAAUAUAGAUGGAUGGAUAGAUGGAUACUUUAUUGAUGUGUGUGAUAGGUGCUAGACUGAGGAUCUAUGUCCUCUUUCAUUCCCAAACCUGUGAAAUGUGAAACAGUUUUCUGUAAAUUUACCACUGGACCAAUAAGUCUAAUAUUUUUUGUGCUCAUUUAUUCACGGUGAUUCAUUUUACUUUUUUAAAAACUAUUUUAUUCACUGUUUUUCUUUACGUCACUGACUGCUGACUUCUCUCUGAACCCCUCAACCCGCUGGUGGGAUUUAAAAGCAUGUUUUCUUUAAAACGAUCGGUGUUUUCAUCUUUCCGACGGUCCUUGAAAACAUCAUGUGUUACCAACGCUUCAGUCAGAAAAAGCAUUUAAAAAAAUAAAAAUAAAUAAUGUAUAAAGAAAGUUCUUCCUCACUGAGACUUUACGCAUUCUGUUGUUAUGAUUGAACCUUCUCUGCACAGAGAAUAAAUAGGAAGAAUAUAUUCGGUAUUCUUUAUUUCACCAUUAAAAGACUCACAUAAUGAGAUUUUUUCCAACACGAACUUGGCGUCUCGAACAAUAGCCAACAGAGACUCCUUCUGCCUCUACUUACCUCCAGAUAAAGUUAAGAGAGAGAGGACAGAGGAUGGUCGUCUUCACUGGGAUCCUGAAGGACUUGUUUGAGUCCAAAUAACUACAAAUUCUUAUUUGGUGAGUCGUUGAAAUUUAGAAAAUUGAUCCAGGAAGACUAUAUCGUGAGACUGUACGCAGAUCUGUCUCUUAUUGUUCUCAUUGGGCUUUUAUUUUGUUUUGCGGGUUUAUUGUGGAUGUUGGUUAAACUUGUAUCUCAGUGUUUUUCUGAGCAGUGACGAUUGGGUUACUGGAAGAUGAGGGUGAGUGUUUGACAGUCACGUUGAAUACCUGAAAGGUUGAAUAUAUUCGGGGUAGAUGUUAAACACUGAAGUCCUUUGACCUAAGAGACUCCACACCAAAAGGCCACAUUCUGUCUCAGAAACUGCACAUCCAUAGUUUGGUCUCAUUCUGAACCAGCAGAUUGUUUCACACCUGAUAUUUUAUGCUCCACUAAAGUUAAGCACGAUACAAGUACAACAAAUGCUCCUUUUUCUAACACCUGCAUUCUAUUUAUAACAUUUUCAUUUAUCUACUUGUGUUAUAAAUACUUUGUCUCCAGACACCAGACAAAGCCGUUUUACUCUCCAUAUCUUUUACAUCACAUGUCGGUGGGAAACUCCACUGUGUCACACUUGAAGCAGCAGUAGGAAGCGAGUCGUGGUGGCCUUUAAAAGAAGAAGAACUGAAAAUGGAUGACAUGCCUCAGCUUUGUGAUAUCUAUGUGGACUCAUCGGGGGAAAGCCCUCAGCAACGUCGUCACAGUCUGCUUCUGUCUGCUUCUGUUGUUAAAUAAUGGAGAACUCCUUUCAUAAAAUAUCUUAUAAAUAGAUGCAUGUUUACGUUUAUGUUUAUGCAAUGUUUACUUCAUGUUACGCAUUGCUGGUCUAUCGGUGUUCUUUGGUUCAGUUUGAGACUUGUAUAUGUUGAGCAAUAAAAAAAUGUAAUAUUGGAAACUGAAGGAUUAACAGAAGAGUUUUGGUUAUGUUUUAUAAAAAAGGAAGGACUGGAGGGUUUGUAAAGAAAUGUUUUUAAUAAGUGAGAUCUUGUGUUCUCAGCUUUUUGAGACGUCAUGGCGGCUUGUUUUGAGCUUUUAGUUCAGAGCCAAUGAACGAGUUUGUUGUGAGAUUAGAUUUGAAUCUAGAAGAAUAAGUGGAAUUAAAGACACUGAUAUUGAA